AUGCCGUUGAGGCAGCAAAGCACGUUCCACGCCGUCGCCGCCGAAUCCCCACCCGUUAUGGAACGCCACUCGCGCAGACAGUCAAGCACGCGUUCCACGCACACAGCCUCGCCGUCCGCACAGCCGCUUGCAAUCACAUCCACGGCAUGCUGCGCCACCUCCGCCUCUUCCCACCUCGUCACUGCAGGCAGAAGCCGUUGGCGGUCAUCGAGGCACUCAUUCGCUGCGUCUGGCAGAAGAAUCCGCAGCUGUUGUUGCUGCUUCCCUUCCGCCAAGGUUGCGGCUGAGGAUUUUUCCAGAGCCGCUGCUGCUGCUGGUGUCGUGGCUAGAGCGCACGGCACGCCCGCGCGGAUUGCCUCCUCCACGUCUGCGAGCGCCUGUGUCACGACACCGUGUUUGCCAAUAUCGUCGGCGCAGGCCGACCACGGCACCCCGCUGAGCAGUUGGUACGCCGCGGAUUUCACCUUCGGCCCCAUCGGCCCACCCGCGACUUCGAUCGUCUCUAGCAGUGCGAUGACAAGUUUCAGCUCCAAGUCCUCCGUGCCAAGUUCGACCAGCACGGCACACGCAGAGGUAAUCGCACGGGCGAAGAGCGGCGCACUCGAUGGGUUGCUGACGAGGAGGCUCAGGAAGACACGCACGGAUGUCUUUACAUUCGAUACGGUGGCAAGCGAGAGACGCGCGCGCUGGUGUAAGAGCAACAGCAGUGCGAGGCGGUUGAAGUACUCCACACGGCACAGAAAGGCGCCAUUUACCGUUAACGGUGGCGGCACCUCGAUGCUGAGGCGCGCAACUAGUGCGAGCAACGUCUCCAUCACCGAUGGCUGCUGA